AUGGCGACGCCGCCGGCUCCGGCGGGCGCAGAGGGACCUCUGCCCUCCCGUGUUCGUGGCGGCUGUUGGCCACAGCCCCCGCGGGCCGCCGCGCCCACCACACGCGGCUCCCGGGCCACGAAACCACCCCCGCUGGCAAUGGUGACGCACGCCGCCCUCGACCUGGAUCUGAAGACCCCAGCCACCGUCGCCUCCUCCCCAACAACCGUCGCCUCCCGCCGCCGCCUCCUCCGCAACCACCUUCGCCUCCCGGGAGCGGUCCUCGCCGGCCACAACUCGGUGUCCGUCGAGGAGAGCACCAGCCGGAGCUUCAUCGCCGACCAGGGUGACCCUCUUCCUCCUCCCAUCGAGAUCUCCCCCAUACUACUGCAGAAGGUGGAGGCCAAGGAGGAGAGGAUCAUGGUUUCCGUGCGGGUGCGGCCCCUAAAUGGCAGGGAGUCCGGCGACAGCUCCAACCGGGAGUGCAUCAGCCCCACCACCGUCAUGUUCCGGAGUACCGUCCCUGACCGCGCCUUGUUCCCCACCGCCUACACCUAUGACAGGGUGUUUGGCCCCAAUUGCUCUACCAGACAGGUCUACGAGGAAGGAGCAAAAGAAGUUGCUCUAUCAGUUGUCAGUGGAAUCAACUCAAGCAUAUUUUACUAUGGGCAAACAAGCAGCGGAAAGACUUACACAAUGACUGGAAUUACUGAGUACAGUGUUAUGGACAUUUAUGACUACAUAGAUAAGCACCCUGAAAGAGAAUUCAUGCUGAAAUUCUCAGCAAUAGAGAUAUAUAAUGAAGCUGUGAGGGAUCUUCUGAGCCAUGAUACGACACCUCUUAGACUGCUUGACGAUCCUGAGAAAGGGACUACUGUUGAAAAGCUUACGGAGGAAACAUUGAGGAACAAGGACCAUCUUAGGGAUCUUCUUGGAAUGUGUGAAGCUCAAAGAGAGAUUGGAGAAACGGCUUUGAACAAAGCGAGUUCUAGGUCCCAUCAAAUACUCAGGCUGACAAUCGAAAGUUCUGUUAAACAGUAUUUAGGAAGAAGCAAAUCGAGCACCCUGGUCCUUGUUUUCUGA